AUGGACCAUAUACUUUGGCAUUGUACUUUUAGUACACAGAUAUGGCAUUGGGUAAGUGAUAUCUUUCAAUGCAUAAUUCCAAAAAGCUUUGAGGAUGUAAUGAUGAUAUCUAGAGGUAAAAGCUCAGCUGUAAAGGAAAUAUGGUACAAUUGUGCAUUCAACACUAUGGUGGAAAUAUGGUUUACAAGAAAUUCUGCACUGCAUGAAGGCAUGAAACCAGAUGUGGAAAAACUCAAGCAAAGAAUAAUGAAAAUUACAGGUGAAUGUAGUGUAAGAAUGAAAGGGAAAGUGUGGGGAAAAAUGUAUGACUUACAGAUCCUUUUAUUCUUUAGAAUAUCUGGGAUUCAAACUAAAACUACAAGAGUGAUACAAUGUUUAUUUCAAUUACCAAGGUGGAAUCAAGUGUUAAUAUGCUGUGAUGGAGCUUCCAAGGGUAAUCCAGGUGUUGCAGGGUUGGGAUUUGUUGCAAGAUCCAAUUCAGGUUUGUGUGUUGGUGCUGCUUCAGGUGGAUUUGGAAUAACAACCAAUUACUUAGCAGAAGUAAUGGCUCUUGUUGUUGCAGGUGAAUGGGCCGUGAGUAAAUCUUUUCAGGAGGUAUGCUUCCAAUUAGAUUCAAAUGCAGUUCUUGUGGCUUUAUCCACAGACAGGGUGCCCUGGAUUAUUAAAAGCAGAUGGGAAAAAAUAAAGAGAAAUAACUCAAGCAUCAACUUGAAACAUUCUUACAGAGAAGUAAACUUCUCUGCAGACAAUAUGGCCAAGAAAGGAACUUUACUAAACAUAGGGGUAGUGAAAUAUUAUAAUGAAAAACCUGAAUUUCUUGGAAGAAUAGAAACUGAAGAAGACAUUUACUUUAGAUUUUCCUAG